UAGUCAUUCAAUUUUGAGAUAAUUUGUUAUAUUUAUGUUUGCUGGAUUGCUAUUGGUUGAUCAAAGGGGCGUGAACUACCUUAGCCGCCCAUUUCCUUGUUGUUCUAUUUCCUUCAAUAGUUCGGGAUCAUAAUGGGGAGUGAAUUAGCCAUUGGUUACAGAUGAAUUUAUUUUAAACUAAAACAGAGCUUUACUGAGAUAUAUAGCUUACAAUUAUUUCUUCUCUCUAUAAAAUUUUACAGCUGCGUGGAUAUCAACUGGGAACUUGUUAAAAUAAAAUUGAAAGUGUCCAGUGGACUGGGGAGCCAACGUUUUUUUCUAGUUUAAUAGUGCACGUACAUGACAUUGUCAUUAUUAGUCAACCAAUAAAAGACGUUGAUCAAUUUCAUCUGCUGAUUCAACACUGGAGAAACCACAGUUUCCUGGAGCCUCUGCUGAGUUUGUGGAUCAUCUUGAGUUCAUCCAGCCCAAUGUCAUCUCUGGGAUUCCCGUGUACAGAGUGAUGGACCGCCAGGGCAACAUUAUCAACCCCUCCCAAGAUCCUCAGCUUUCAAAGGAGACAGUUUUAAAUUUUUACCAGAAAAUGACGAUGCUGAACACAAUGGAUCGGAUUCUUUAUGAAUCUCAGAGACAGGGUCGCAUCUCUUUUUACAUGACCAACUACGGUGAAGAGGGUACACACAUCGGAAGUGCUGCUGCUCUUGAUCCAAAUGACAUAGUGUUUGGCCAGUACCGUGAAGCAGGAGUGCUGAUGUACCGUGGUUUUCCUUUGGACCUCUUCAUGGCUCAGUGUUAUGCUAAUGCGGAUGACCUGGGUAAGGGCCGUCAGAUGCCCGUUCACUAUGGCUGCAAAGACCUAAACUUUGUUACCAUAUCUUCACCCCUGGCUACACAGAUUCCUCAGGCGGCAGGAGCAGCUUAUGCUGUUAAGAGAGAAAACAUUAAUCGUGCUGUGAUCUGUUACUUUGGAGAGGGGGCAGCUAGUGAAGGAGAUGCACACGCUGGUUUUAACUUCUCUGCCACUCUUGAAUGCCCUUUGAUAUUCUUUUGCCGCAACAAUGGCUAUGCAAUUUCCACCCCUACUAAUGAGCAGUACAGGGGUGAUGGCAUUGCUGCUCGAGGACCUGGUUAUGGCAUGUUGUCAAUUCGAGUGGAUGGAAAUGAUGUCUUUGCUGUAUACAACGCCACCAAGGAAGCACGCCGGAGGGCUGUAGCAGAAAACCAACCUUUUCUAAUUGAGGCAAUGACGUACAGAAUCGGUCACCACAGUACAAGUGAUGACAGCUCAGCAUAUCGUUCUGUGGAUGAGGUGAACUAUUGGGACAAGCAGGACCACCCCAUCUCUCGCCUCAGACACUACAUGACUGCUCGGGGGUGGUGGAGUGAAGAUGAUGAGAGGAGCUGGAGGAAGCAGUCCCGUAAGACUGUGAUGGAGGCCUUUGAGAGGGCAGAGAAGCGUCUGAAGCCCAACCCUGAACUGCUUUUCACGGAUGUGUACAACGAGAUGACCCCACAGCUGGACAAGCAAAGGGAGUCCCUAUGGAGGCAUGUUCAGCAGUACAAGGAGCACUACCCUCUUGAUCUGUAUGAAAAAUAACAGAUCAUUUUAAGUAACAGUGUAAUAUCCUUUAGUUGAAUGACUGGGUGAUGAAUUGCACAAAAUUGCUUAAUACUGUAAACAGAUUUGUAGUUUUGAUAAUGGAUUUAAUCUUCCUUUACGCACAACAAAGGCAACGUAUUUUGGUGCCUUACUUUUAGUUACCGUAAAUAGAAAAACGCAGACACAUGACAUAAAUGUUGUUUGCCAAGUGCACAACACAAGUUUAAAUAUAGUAUUUUUGAUCAUAAACUGGUCAGGUUGUCCAAUUAACUGUUUUGUGCAGAAAUUUUGUGGCUUCUUAUGUUCUGUCCUUUAGUCCUUUUACACAGUAUAUGUUGUACCUGUUAUAUGGGAGUGUGUAUACUGUUACAAUAUUGUACAAAGUUUUUGUUUCUGUUACAUGUUUGAUGUGUUUGUGGAAAAAAAAAAUAAACAUAACACGUUAA